AUGGCCUCCGGUGACAGUUGGAGUGAUUUUUGUGAUACAACAGGUACUCGGCUUUCCAUUGAAGCCCUUCAACUCUUCAAAACACAUCUCAAUGACUUCCGAGAAGAUUACCAACCUGGAUGUGGUCGGCACUUUUUGCAGAGCAUUACAGAGAAAUUAAAUAAAAAGUUUGAACAAUCACUUUCUUCAUGCUAUUUCGAAGAUCCAAAAUGCGAUUCUAAACAAACAAAGAAGGAUUUUCUAUCCAAUGAAGACAUUACUUCAGUGGGAUCUUCUCUGAGUGAGGCUUUUUCCCUACCGGCCUAUGCCAAUGCUAGUGUGGUGGUCGCUGCAGCUAGAGCGGCAAUGCAAGAAAAGCAGUCCGGUCAGAUACCAUCCGUGCGCGACUGGCGUUCAAGAAGCACAACGAACAACAAACUUGAUUCAGAGACGCAAGAAAAACGUGACACCAGCUCAGUUCGUUCCAGCAGAAAGCAACCCACUAAAGAAAAGGAUGCGACAGACUUGUCUUCACCGUACUUUGAACCUAAACACGGAUGGCGUUUUGGAUCUCUUUGGUUCCGACGCAGUUUCACCAUAUUAUGGCGACAUCGGUCUUCCUCUAGGUCAGCUCAAAAGCCUUUCUUCGGAACUGCUGAGAACCAGUCCGUUUCUAGUGUGCCAUGCAGUGGAGGUUUCCGAUCUAAAUCUUAUCCCCGCUUUCCCGGUUCGGUCAUAAAUAUUCUCGUGGAGCUGGUUCGUGAGGGGACUGUGAUGGAAUGGCUAGGAGCCCUUAGUACGCUUCAUCAUGUAAAUCCCGGUGGACGCGAUACAAACCCCAAUUUCGCGGAAAACGGAUUACCUGACACUGGUUGGGCAGAGUCGCGUCUUUGUUUGUUCACCACAAGUGCAGGACAAAUCCUAGAGGUGUACACUCCUCCAUCGACGGACAAACCUCGAUACGGUAUAUUUUGCAAUUCCAUUGUUGAACUGAAGUCCAUUCCUCGUAGUGAACUUACCGAACCCAGGGACAACGUCUUCCUCGUCAAAACAGAAUUCAAUGAUCCGAAGUUUUUCCAAGCCUCUACCUCCAAUGAAGCAGAAUGCUGGAUGGCGGCGAUACGUAGAGGUCUCCCACCCCUGCGCCGAAAAUCAUCGAAGAGUAGUAAAUGUGCUUGUACCAAAUCCAGCACUCUCUUGGAGGACUUGCCAACCUUGGCAGCCCAUCCUGUCAGUGUUGACUCACCUGCCAAGCCAGCACCACGUGACAAUACCAGUAGCAAUCAGCGGCUUAGUUCCGGUCAUCGGCGUCAUUUGAUAUCCGAUAGCCCUCUAGUUGAGGACUACCGUUGUUCUCCUGAUUUACCAAUUUCUAAAGCAGCAACACUGGCGGCCUUCACUGGUUCCAAGACUCCUUGUUCAACGUUUGAAAAUAAAGCAGGAAGCCAUACGCUACGACUACCUUCCAAGUCAGAUUCUUCUGGUCAGCCGGAUGGAAAUAAAUUCCUUUCUUUACCUCCUGUUCCCGACCCCUUUGUUAGCAGUCCAAAGACGAAACCUACAGAAACCGGUGCAAAAUCGACUACGGUUCCCCCUCUUGGUGAUUUAAUCUCCACACACAGUACACUGAAUUUCAUCGAUUCAAAACCGACAGCUAAUGUUGUUUGCCCUACGCCGUCUCGUCCACCGGCUGUCAGUUCCAUCCAAAGUCGUCCUUCCGUCUUGACAACCGCUACGUCUGGCGCUACAGGUUCCUGUACCGGCAUCCGAACGUCUUCUGCAGUGGCUACAACCACCACACCUUCCUCUGCAACGACAACCUUCCGAUCCAACUCGUUGCGAGUAGGAGCUUCGUUGAGCACGGGGGCACCGACUUUUCGUACAAGUUCUCCCCAACUAAACGGCUGUUUUGAAGACGUGAUCGGUCAGCAGCUUUCAGUCUAUCCCUGGUACCACGGUACCCUUUCCAGAGUCUGUGCGGCCUCUUUCGUGCUGGGACAACUGUCCUCAGACGAAAACAAGGGACGAGAAGCCUCUUCCGCAGCAACCCAGACAAACGCGGAUAACCGGAGCAAAUGUCCUCUUGGCUCGCCUCGUUCACUAACUAGUUCUGCUUUCUCCAAUCCUCUAGAACAGUUGAUUUCCGGUGCCCCACAGGCCCCUCUGUCCGCGACAGACGGCAUAUUCUUGGUGCGCCAAAGUGAAACGAGGCAAGGUGAAUUUGUCCUGACGUUCAGCUGCCAUGGUAAAGCGAAGCACCUGCGGAUGACCCUUAGCCCAGAUGGACAUUGUCGUGUGCAACAUCUCCCAUUCGAUUCUAUCGUCGACAUGUUGGAACACUUUCGUCAGGAGCCAAUUCCUCUGGAACAAUCAACAGCUCCCGAGGGGAAUUCUGACACCCUUCCCUCAUCCAACUGUCCUGUACCAGUAACCCUGUCCGCCUAUGUUGUGAACACUCACCUAACCGGAAGUCAAGAUCGGUUGGUGGUAUGUCGUGGAUCGGUCAGAGUUAAUGGGACUACGGUUGGUCGUGCUGCUGCAGCUGCUCUCGCGGCAGCUAUGGGCAGCCGAAUGCAACACAACGUGUAUAUUGUCAUGUAAUCACUACAAAAUCUCGCUUAUCUCUUUCACAAAACAUAUGCUACAGUGACAUACUUCCGACUAUCUCGUCUCGAUUGAAGCUAUUUCUUUCUUUUUAUAACAUUGUUCCAAGUUACUUCCAGUAAAUUACUGUCACCAGAUGGUUGCGUAUUUGGUUGAUUUACACGGGAUUUCCCCGGACACUGUACUAAUGUGAUAAAACGUUAUCUUAUGUCUUCAACGCUGACUGUUCUUUCAUAUCGUGACCAUUUUUUGUUUCUAAGGGUGUGCCUUGUUUUCUCCCGGUAACUCAAAUUUUUAGUACUCUUACCGGGAUGAAUGCAUUUAUGAAUCUGUUCUCAAGCCGUUUGGUAAGAAUACUUGAGCGCGCGCAACUUUUACGGUGCAAUACCUAGGUUUUCUUCAUCUCUUUCGCUAGUCGAUGUGGGAUGUGGACUUGAAACGUGCGAAAAAUCGAUCAC